GAUGUUUCCAUGUCUGGGGUUCCUCUUUAGCCACCACACACUGGACACAGAAAUCCUUUGUUUAAAGAGAAGAAAAGAAAAAGUUGCUGACUUUUCCACAAAGCUCCUUUUGUCCUGAGUCUCUCUCCAUAUUAUAAAAGCACGUAGAGCGUCCUUCUUUCAGUACUGUAUAUUAAUCAAGUCUCUGUAUAUACUUCAACCGGCCUCCGCUGCCGGACUAUUAAUAUAUUAUGGACGACUCCUGGCGAAUGCGCAUGGGAAUGCCAGCCCUCCCUCGACGCCGUUCCAUGGAGGACACGUCCUCCGGAAGAUCCGUUUUCGGCAACGAAGAUACACUGGACCCCGAAGACUUCGCCGACGUCUAUGGCGGGCCGCCGCGGAGUGUCCUUCUGCGAAAAUUCUCCGCCGACUACGUGAAGCCUGGCUCCGCCAAUUUCUACGAGGAGGUUUUCCGGCAGAGGGAGUCUAUGACUCCAGCGAGGAAGGGCGGACGGAGUCUUCCGGCGUUCAGGAUUCCGGCUAGGAGUGAGGGGUUCUUCGGAGAUAUAUUUGGAUCGGAUCAUGAUGAUCAUCUUAGGAGGUCGAGGGAGCGCUCCAGGCCGAAUUCGAAUGCGAAGUCGAAGUCGAAGUCGAACUCCUCGUCGGUUCUAAGCUCGGAAGAGUUGAGCCCUCUCCGGCCGAUGAUCGGAGAUGACGUGGCAUUGUCCUCUUUCGCUUCAAAGCUCAGGCCAAUCAGUGUUCCAUGUAGAUGGAACUCAUCAACCAUGAUGCCCGAAUUAGAACAUGGGAAGAAACAAGCUGCUGGGAAGCCUGCUUUUCCUCGCAAUCGCUCUUUCCACACCGAGCACCAAUUCAUGGAAAAUGAAUACCAUGAGAACUUCAAAAGCUUCUACAAUGGAUUCCCAAGUCGGCGGGUCUCUUCCCCAGAAACCAUUAGUAUCGAACCGAAUUCAUAUCGAAGUGUCAAAGUGUCUACUGUGGAUGAUCUAGAGCUCAACUCCUCUUCCUCAGCUGUGUCUUCACUACAUCAGGACCCCGAGGCUGAAACCGGGAUUCCGGAUCAUGUAUUGUCCGAACAAGAAGACGAUGAAGUUAUGAGCUCUUAUGUCAUAGAGAUCAAUUGUGACCAUAGGGAGGGAACCAGUGAAACAGUUUCUAUUGACGAAACAAUCGCAUGGUUCAGAGAGAAGUCUCAAACACAGAGUACUGAGAAAGAUUUGAGCAUAAGACACCAUGACAAUGAGCAGCCUGUUGAAAUGGAAGGAAGGCCUACUGCAAGUGAAUUUUCACAUCAACCUGUAGAUGGGCAUGGAACGACUCAUCAGUCUACAGAGGAAGCUGGAAAAAGAAAUUGGACAGCUGAAGAAGAAGAAGAGUCAGAAAAAAAUAUGGAAGUAGAGCUAUAUGAUGAAUACAUAAGGCUGUGGUCUGCUGGCAAAGAAACCAACAUAAAGCUGCUGAUUUCAAAACUACAUCAAAUUCUCUGGCCUGAUAGUGGCUGGCAGGCUAUACCCCUAACAAGCCUAACAGACAGCUCACAAGUGAAGAAAGCUUAUCAGAAAGCAAGGCUAUGUCUUCACCCAGACAAGCUUCAACAAAGAGGAGCAACACUCCCACAAAAAUAUGUUGCAGAGAAGGCGUUCUCCAUUCUCCAGAAUGCAUGGGCUGCUUUCAUCUCCCAAGAUGUCUUCCUUAACUAGCGGGAGUAACCGGGAUCCUUUGAAACUCACAUUAAUGUCUUGGAAGAUCAAAAGUACAAAUUAUGAGCAGAGUCUGGAUACAUAUUCAGUAGCUGAAGCAGUCUGUCGAGACACGCACAUGAUGAGGGACAUGCAUGAAGCAUGAAUUAUAGGUAGAAAUGGUUUUGGAAUUCCAGUAGAUAAUAUAUAUUCUAAAAUUUGUAUGUUUGUUUGACGCUUUUGCAAUGUGCCGCAUCUCCUUCCUGUACUUGUAUAACUCAAUAACGAUAUCAGAGAUGAAGAUGAGAACGAUAGUGAUGAUAA